CAUGUGACUCUGACAUAAGACUAAACAAAUUGUAUUUUCAAUAGAUUUAUUACAAAACAAUUGUUUUCUUACAAAUUUUCACUGUUACGCCUCUCUUUGUUUUAUUAAAACAUGCCAGAAGAAAAUAGUGACGAAGAAAGGGUACCCCCCAAUGGGUCCGAUUGUGAGACUGAAAAUGAUGAGGUUACAGAAUCCACGACCAUGAAUUUAAAGAAGAAAAAAAAGAAACGAGGCAUUAUUUACCUCUCCACUAUUCCGCCUUACAUGAAUGUAGCCAAAAUAAGAGAAAUUUUUAGCCAAUUUGGCGAUAUCGGCAGAAUAUAUUUACAAUCAAGUAGCAAACCCGGUGAGAAAAGGAAACGUGUUCCUAACCAGUUCACAGAAGGCUGGGUAGAAUUUCAAAAGAAAAAAAUAGCAAAGGCAGUUGCUGCCAAUCUGAACAACACAAAAAUUGGAACUAGAAAAAAAUCUAGAUACUAUGAUAUGCUUUGGAAUAUUAAAUAUAUCCCCAGAUUUAAAUGGAUUCACCUAAGCGAAAGAUUAGCAUAUGAAAAGGCAGCCAUGAAACAAAGAUUACGAGCUGAAAUCUCACAGGCUAAGAAAGAAGCUUCAUACCUUCAAGCAAAUGUUGAGAAGAGCAAAAAAAUUAAGAAGAAAAAAAUGGCGGAAAACAACAGUUCUUAGGUUUUGUGUCUAAAUAUAACAAAUAAAAUUUUGGCUAACAA